CUGACCAACGCCGGGAACUGCCUGCGCUCGGCCAAGGCCGCGGAGCUGUCCCGGGCGCUGGGGCUGCAGGUGUCUCCGGAGCAGGUGGUCCUGUCGCACAGUCCCCUGCAGCUCUUCAGCCGCUUCCACCACCGGUGCAUGCUGCUGGCCGGGCAGGGGCCCGUGGAGGAGAACGCCCGCAACCUGGGGUUCAAGCAUGUGGUCACCAUAGAGGCCCUGAGGAAAGCAUAUCCCCUGUUGGACAUGGUGGAUCAGAGCCGGAGGCCCAAAGAACUGCCUCCUCCAACCACUGGCUUCCCCACUAUAGAAGGGGUGAUUCUGUUCGGUGAGCCAGUGAGGUGGGAGACAAGCCUGCAACUUAUUACUGAUGUGCUCUUGAGCAAUGGGAACCCUGGUGCAGAGCUGCGAGAUGUACCAUACCCCCAUCUGCCUAUCCUUGCCUGCAACAUGGAUCUCCUGUGGAUGGCUGAAGCCAAGAUGCCCAGGUUUGGCCAUGGCACUUUCCUUCUCUGCUUGGAGAACAUCUACAAGAAGGUGACAGGCAAGGAACUGAAGUAUGAGGCCUUGAUUGGCAAACCCAGCACAGUCACCUACCGCUAUGCCGAGUACUUGAUAAAGCAGCAGGCAGAGAAGCAGGGCUGGAAGGGUCCCAUCCAACGCCUCUAUGCAGUUGGGGAUAACCUUAUGUCUGACAUCUAUGGGGCAAACCUCUACAACAACUACCUGAAGUCAGCUCACCAGAACCAGGUCCAGGCUGGCGUGAAGAGGAGCCCACAGGCAGCUGGUCCCCAAACUGAGGAUUACCUUGAGCUGAGGAAGGACUGCAACAAUUCAGUGGAGAGCUGUGUGUCGAUUCUGGUCUGCACUGGGGUUUACCGCCACGAUGCCAAUGCUCCCAGGAAAAGGGAGGAGUGUACGGCGCAGACAGUGUUCCACGGCCAUCGGGACCUCUGCUUCGACCCCAGCCUGAUGGAGCCAUCUUACAUAGUGCAGGAUGUGAAUGAAGCUGUGCAGCUUGCUUUCAAGAAUGAGAACUGGAGCUAG